AUGCCUCUCACAUUCCUACGAUGCCUGGUACGGCCCGCCGUUAUCUCCAAAGCAUCGUUCGCACCUGCGCGACCUCUCCGACCCUCAAUUACCGCCGCAGCAUUCCAAAAUGCCACCUCCUUCCUUCCCGCUCGAUCAAUACCUUCAUCACGAGCCCACAAAUGCACACUGAUUCAAGUCCUCCGACAAGGCCGCAUAGCACGAAAAGCGCGUAAACUACGAUCGCCACAGCUGAAAGAUAGACCAGAAUUGAAGGGCGUGUGUUUAAAAGUCGGCACAACGAAGCCUAAGAAACCCAACUCGGGAGAAAGGAAGAUUGCUAGGGUGAGAUUGAGUACAGGGAAAGUCAUCACGGCGUAUAUUCCGGGAGAAGGUCAUAAUGUGCAGCAGCAUUCAGUUGUCAUGGUACGAGGUGGACGAGCACAGGAUUGUCCCGGUGUGAAGUAUCAUUUGGUCAGAGGGGCCUUAGAUCUGGGAGGUGUCGGCAGCAGAAUCACGUCGAGAUCGAAAUACGGGACGAAGAAGCCCAAGACCGCAUGAUCCGAUGAUUUAUGGACGUGUAUAUAUAUGUAUCAUAUCAUUCGCAUCAGUGGCGUUCGAAAUACUGCAAAUACAAACCUGGUU